AUCUGAUGCUUCAGUUUUCUUCUACCCUAAAAACCCAAACCCCACAAAACCUAAGCUUGUCGACUCAAGUCUUGUUGUUGCCCCCAUCCUUUUCUUCUGCGUAUUCUCCAUCUCCAUCUCCAUCUCCAUCUCCAUCUCCAUCUCCAUCUUCGGAGUUCUCUACGUAGUAAUCUCCUCCUUCCUCUUUUUAUGAUUUUCUCUCUCUUCAAUCAUUUUCUCUCUCUUCUCCUUCUUCAAAUCCCUUGAAAAACCCAGGGAUUGUUGCAGUUCAUCCAUCUCUAAUCUUCGUCGAUGAUCAAGUAUACAAGGGUAAAUCAAAACUGGAGUUGUGGCUUUGAUAGUUAAUGCUAUCUUGUGUUCUCACUCUUUUUUCUUCACCUCUUUUUUCAUGUCUUCUAAUAAAACGUUCUCUCAUCGAUUAACUCUAUUUUCUUAUACCCUUAAUACCUUCAAUCCAUUUUUUUUCCCGCAACAUGGACGGCUCUAAUUCUAAGAUUAUAUUGUUUGGAUCGUUUACUGAAGCUGAGACUAAGUCAUUUCACAAUAAGCCAGCUGAGAAUACAAAAAAACCUGUGGUUGAGAGAGCUCUCCAGUUUGGUUCCUUGCCUUUGGUGUCCGGAGCAUUAUUGGGUGCUGGAAAUGUAAAAACUGGAAAAGAAGUAGCUUCUUCUGUCAAGAAAUUUAAUUUGUUCAAGAAAGAUGCUUGUUCUGUGCAGGUAAAGGAUGAUUUGCCUGUAUCAGGAGCUGCUGUAUCUAAAGAAAAUGGAAGGUCCCAUGCCUACGAACGUGUUCAUCCACUAACUAAUGGUGUGAAAGAAAUUAACGAUGGAAAUGUUGAUCUAGCUUCUGCUUGCUGCCCAAAGGUUGAUGGAACUGUUCUGCCGCAACAAAUUUUAAGCUCUCCAAAAGGUGGUCAGGACGUUAAAGUGAAGGAGAAAUAUUCUAAUGGUGUUUGUGACUCAUCCAAAAAGAUUUUGCCUCUAAAAGAUGAUCCAGAAAAAGCUUUUAGUAGUAGCACUGUUGCCACUUGUGACUUGCUUCCUAGGGGCUUGAUCAAUGCAGGGAAUCUGUGUUUCCUUAAUGCAACUUUGCAGGCGCUUUUGUCAUGCUCCCCUUUUCUGAAACUUCUACAGCAACUUAAAACUCGUGAUAUCCCCAAGGUUAAUUAUCCAACAUUGGUUGCAUUCAUGAAUUUUGUAUCGGAGUUUGACAUGCCUCAUGGUUUGAGCUCAAAGAAAAAGGAUCGAAAUUUUGUUGAGACUGGCAGGCCCUUUAGCCCUGUUAUGUUUGAAGGUGUGGUGAAAAAGUUUACUCCAGAUGUGCCAAGUGGUUUCUCUGGCAGGACAAGGCAAGAAGAUGCUCAAGAGUUCUUGAGCUUUGUCAUGGAUCAGAUGCAUGAUGAAUUACUAAAGCUUGGAGGGCAACCUUCUGGCAUGACUGUGCAAGAUUUUUCAUUGGUGUCUUCAUCCGACGAUGAUGAAUGGGAGACUGUUGGGCCUAAAAAUAAAUCUGCAGUGACCAGAACUCAAAGCUUUGCUCCAUCAGAACUAAGUGCGAUUUUUGGCUUACGAUUGAAAAGUGUUGUUAAGGCGACAGGAAACAAAGCAUCUGCUACUUUUCAGCCAUAUCUCUUGCUUCAUCUAGAUAUUUUCCCCGAGGCUGUCCACACAAUAGAGGAGGCACUUCGCUUAUUUUGUGCUCCAGAGAAACUUGAAGGUUAUCGAACAUCAAACCCGGGGAAGGCUGGAGUAGUUAGAGCUAGUAAAUCUGUCAAAAUACAAAGUCUAUCAAAAAUUAUGAUAUUGCACCUGAUGCGCUUCAGCUAUGGGAGUCAAGGUAGUACUAAAUUGCACAAGCCUGUGCACUUUCCUCUCGAAUUGGUGUUAAGCUCACAGCUCCUUGUGUCCCCUACAAAUGAGGGUAGGAAAUAUGAACUUGUGGCUACUAUCACUCACCAUGGGAGGGACCCUUCAAAGGGGCAUUAUACGGCUGAUGCCCGUUAUCCUGAUGGGCAAUGGCUCCGAUUUGACGAUGCUUCUGUAACUGCAGUACCGACCAGUAAGGUUUUGCAUGACCAGGCCUAUGUACUUUUCUACAAGCAAGUAUAAGAUGACGACAUUAAGAACUUGCUCUUCAGCCCCGUCAAAGUCUUGGCCUAGGUCCAUCAUGCAUCCAUUAUGCAAUGUGAAGCGGUUUUGCUUACGUUGUGAAGUGAUUAGUAACUCUUCUGUGCUUUGGUUUGUCCUCACUCUCACCCCACGCAAAGUACAUUAGGAAUUUACGUGUCGUAAACAUCGAUAGGGUUAGAAUGUGGCAAGUGUUUUCUGGUGGGGAUGGUAUUUGGCGGUUGCUUAGCAACAAUUGAUUUAGCACUAAUAGGGUUCUCAUGCUUCUGCAUGAUGUGAAAAACGAUACCGGUGUAAGUUCUUUGGUUAUUUAUAUUAAAUAUCUGAAAGGUUUAAUGAAUGUGUGUUAUCUUGACUCUU